AUGCCUAAUAAAAAACUGCAGCUUAUAUACAAAUACAUCUUUAUAAUAGAGGGCAGCAUUAGCUUUUAUUUUAAGGCUGCUAUUAACUUAAAUAUUAAGGGGAACUUUUAUUAUAAGAGCAGCUUGUUAAUUAAAGAGAAUAAGGGUUUAAUACAGGCAGGUAAAGAAUUUAGGUUAGGUAAAGAAUUUAGGUUUAGUAAAGAAUUUAAGGCAGGCAAAGAAUUUAAGGUAGGUAAAGAAUUUAAAUUAGGUAAAGAAUUUAAGUUAGAAUUUAGGUUAGGUAAAGAAUUUAGGUUUAAAUUUAAGGCAGGUAAAGAAUUUAAGGCAGGUAAAGAAUUUAGGUUAGAAUCUAGGGCAGGUAAAGAAUUUAGGUUUAGUAAAGAAUUUAAGGCAGAAUUUAAGUUAAGUAAAGAAUUUAAGGCAGGUAAAGAAUUUAAAGUAAAGAAUUUAAGUUUAAAUCUAGGUAAAGAAUUUAGGUUAGGUAAAGAAUUUAAGUUAGGUAAAGAAUUUAGGUUAGGUAAAGAAUCUAGGUUAAGUAAAGAAUCUAGGGCAGGUAAAGAAUUUAGGUUAGGUAAAGAAUUUAAGUUAGAAUUUAAGGUAGGUAAAGAAUUUAGGUUUAGUAAAGAAUUUAGGUUUAGUAAAGAAUUUAGGUUAAGGUUAGAAUUUAAAGCAGGUAAAGAAUUUAAGUUUAGUAAAGAAUUUAAGGUAAGUAAAGAAUUUAAGGCAGGUAAAGAAUUUAAGUUAGGUAAAGAAUUUAGGGGAGCUAAGGGUAAAGUGCUUUAUAUUAUAAUAAUACAUAAUAAAGUGCAGGCUGCUUUAUUACUGUAA